AUGGCUGUCGACACAAGCUACCUGACCACUCAGGUCAACACUAUCGUGGAACAGCUGCAUGGGAUUUUUGAUGACAUCGGUGUCCCUUCUCAUGAGCGCGAGACUCGCGAAGCAGAAUUAUUCAAUGCACUGUCGGAAAGUUUAAACAACCAUCUUAAGCUUGUCGAUGAGGAAAAGGAGCAAAUGACACAAGAGGCCCAGCGCCUAAUUACGACAAUUCAACAAAUAGAAGUUUCUCUUGGUGAUGAGAAAGCCAAUGGACGGUAUGAGCUGAAUCGCGACGACGUUCGCAUCACGUACCCGCUCAACCGGUGUAUCGCAUUCCUGCGCGAGAAGUGCGAAGGCUUGACCAAGCUGCAUCGCGAGCGUUUUGAGCAGGUCAAGAAACUUGUCGAAGCGCUUGAGUCCUAUUCUUCUCACCUAGAGGCCUCAUUCCUUAUCGUUGAACUUCCUCCCACUGCGCCAGGCUCGACCAUCCCCCCGACCUUCGACCUUUCGCCCGAUUAUGUUACAUCCCUGGACUCCGAAUUUAGUCGCGUCUACGAAGAAUAUCACCGCCGCAUCUCUUUUGUCCAGAACACUUGUGAGGAGAUCAUCAAGAUGUGGGCCGAACUUGGAACUCCCCAAGUCCAGACCGACGCCAAUAUCGUUAAAUACUACCGCGAAUCUCCCGAGCAGCUUGGUCUACACGAAGGUGACCUUGCCAGCCUAAAGGCUAGGCGCGAUAAGCUGAUGGAGGAGAAAAAGAACCGCGAGCGCAAGAUUAAGGAGCUUCGAACCGCGGUUGAAGGACUGUGGGAGCGCUUUGGGGUUGAGGAGUCAGACCGCAAGGCUUUCUUGGCCGCCAAUCGUGGCUGUGGCAUGCGAACUAUUAACGAAUAUGAAGAGGAACUGCACCGCCUCAACGAGCUCAAGAGACAGAACAUGCAUCUAUUUGUCGAGGAUGCACGAGUUCGCUUGCAGGAGCUGUGGGAUAGCCUCUUUUUCUCAGAAGAGGAGAUGCUCGACUUUACCCCGGCUUUCUCCGAUGUGUUCAGUGAUGCUCUGCUGGAGGCUCACGAGGGCGAGAUCCAGCGCCUGGAGCACCUCAAAGAGCAACGUGCCCCUACCUUGGAAAUGAUUGAAAGACACCGCGGCCUGCUGGCAGACCGUGAGGCUUUGUCGUCAUCCAGCCAGGAUGCUUCUCGUUUGAUGGCCCGCGGAACCACGGGCCAGAAGCGCGACCCCGGCAAGCUUCUGAGAGAGGAGAAGAUGCGAAAGCGCAUUACAAAGGAUUUGCCUAAGCUCGAGGCGGACCUUCGCAAAGAGCUUGAGCAUUGGGAGGACGAGUUUGGCCGGCCUUUCCUGGUUCACGGCGAACGUUACCUUGAUAACUUAACUCGUACUGUCACAAGGGCCCCGCCUCGUUCGAAGACACCAUCCGCUCCUCCUUCCACCAUCAAAACCAAUGCUAGUGCAGUCCGCCAGCAGCAGCAACCACCGCGACCUGGAAGCUCCAUGCGUGGUCCUCCUCCCCCUCGCUCCGCUACCAAGACUCCCAAUGGAAGUCGUCCUGUGGCUGUGAAGCACAACACAAUCGGGUACUCUGGAUCUAGGUCUGGAGCUACCUCUCCUUCCAAGCUUCCAGCACGAGCUCCCUUGAGCAACAUGCCUCAUGGAAACAACUCCCCUGAACGUCGUACUGGUCCUGGCACCUACUCAUCUAGCACCCUCAACAGCAAGAUGCUUCCUCCCCGCAACGCGCCUCCCCGCAUGCGUGCAUUGACCGUCGAGUCAAAGGAGCGUCACAGCCAUAUUUUGGAGCCACCACGCUGCAACAGUGCCAUGUCCAAUGCCUUUGUCCGACCAAUUAGCCCAGAGGACGUCUACGAUGAUCGCCAGCGAUCUUUCAUGAGCGCAUCUGCCAUGUCCAAUCAUCGCUCAACCGGAUUCUCACACUCUUCACAGUCCUCUUUGUCAUCAGUGUCAUUGAGUUCUUCUCAACAAGGAUACCCGCGUAUGAACCCGUAUCUGUCACAGGCCCCACCUCCCCCGGCUCUUCGUCAAGCCUCCAACUCAUCCACCGUCAAUACCGCGACCUCCGGUUCUGAAAACUGGGAGACCUUUGACGAUGGAUCCGAGUCUGAUGUUGAUUCCAGCGACAUCUACUACUCCAAGCUGCGCGGUGGGCCCGGCAAGCGUUUUGCCCCAGAUGACGACAUGGAUCUAAUGGGCAAGAAGAGCAAGGGUAUCAGAAGUGUGAGCCCGGAUGGGCCCCACCCAGGCCAGGUUCUCCGUGUCGCGGGCAGUGACUCCGAGUGGGCCGACGACUUUGAAACCUACUAA